ACGAUACCUAUAUUCGUAAAACAUUCGCCUAUACGCUAUGAAGUUCCAGCAAUUUCUACAGUGAUUCUAAAAGCAUUGUAAUUUUAUUGAACAAUUUUUCUUGGCUCAGUUCUUCAUCAACUCUUCGUACGUCAUGGCUGUCGAUAUAACACCACAGAAGAAUGGGGGAGUUCUUAAGGAAAUUAUUGAAGAGGGUGUUGGAGAAAGAACUCCUGGAGUUGGAGCCCAUGUUGAGGUUCACUACACUGGAGUUCUUUUGGAUGGUACUCCCUUUGAUUCAAGCAAAGACAGGAAUGAAACUUUCAAAUUUGAUCUUGGAAAGGGCAGAGUGAUUAAAGGAUGGGACAUUGGUGUUGCAACAAUGAAAAAAGGUGAAGUAGCUGAUUUGAUCUGUGCUCCAGAUUAUGCUUAUGGUGAUAUUGGUAGUCCCCCCAAAAUUCCACCAAACUCAACAUUGAAAUUUAGAGUUGAAUUGAUCGAUUGGGAAGGUGAGGAUUUGAGUCCUGAUAAAGAUAAAUCGAUUGUAAGGGAUAUAAUUAAAGCUGGAGAAGGAUUUUUAACUCCAGCUUAUGGAUCACUGCUUGAAGUUCAUGUCAAAGGUUUCUACGAUGGAUUAGUAUUUGAAGAUAGAGAUGUUAAGUUUCCAUUAGGUGAGGGUGAGGCAGAUGGCAUUGUAGAAGGUCUUGAAAUAGCUUUAGAAAAGUUCAAGAAAGGAGAAAUAUCAAGCAUUAAACUUAAAAGCAAGUAUGCUUUCAAAGAGGCUGGAAAACCAGAAUAUAAGGUCCCACCAUGUGUUGAUGUUGAGUAUGAAGUUGAACUGAAAAGCUUUGAAGAGGGACCACAAGCAUGGUCUAUGGAUCCUAAUCAGAAAAUUGAAAAGGCUAUAGCAUAUAAAGAAAAAGGCACAACCUAUUUUAAAAAUAAUCAAUACAGUCUAGCCAUAAAAAUGUACAAAAAAGUUAUGGAGUACAUAAAUGAAGAUUUUGAAUUUAAAGAUAUGCGUUCAUUAAGAGAUACUUUGUUACUAAAUACAAAUUUAAAUCUCGCAAUGUGUUACCUCAAACUAAAAGAUGGUUUUGAAGCUAAAGAAGCAUGCAACAAAGCUCUUGAAUUGGAGCCAAAGAAUAUAAAAGCUCAUUUUAGAAGAGGAAUGGCUUAUCUGGAAUUGGCUUCACCUGAAAUUGCAAUUAAAGAUUUUCAGGAAGUGUUAAAAUUAGAACCAAAAAAUCCAGCUGCAGUGAAACAAGUUGCUAUUUGUAAUGAUAUAAUUAAAAAAGAAUUAGCCAAGGAGAAGAAAUUAUAUGCAAAUAUGUUCGAUAAGUUUGCUAAACAAGAUCAAAAGAAAGCAGAAAAGGAAAGAAGUAAACUACCUGAUGUGAUGCAUGGUACACUUGGUGAAUGGGGUCAAGAAGAACGACCUGGAGGUAGAGAUGCGACUGCCUUUGAAAAAGAGAAUCCAAAUAUACUUAUGCUCAAUGCCAAUGGCUCUGGUGAAUUCAAGAACAUGUGAACAGAGGGAUCAUACAAACUUUGAAAUUUUUUUCUAUUUCAACAAGUCUGAUAUAUUUGCUGUAAUAUUAUUAGGUUUAUUACAUACAAUCUAUGAAACUUCAUAUAAUCUUAAAAUAUUAAGAUAUUUAUUGGAGUAACAGAUCAGAUGGAACAUUAAUUUUUCAAAAUGGAAGUUAGAAUUUUCGCUUAAUCAUUCUGUUUUAAGCUUAUAUUAUUAUAUUUCCAUUAUUUUUUAGAAAUAUAUUUGAAGAAAAUUAAUAUACAAUAAUUCAGGAUAAAUCAAUCAACAUGCAUAUUUAAAUAAGAUACCAUAUUCCAAGUCAAAAUUAGAGUUACUAGUCAACUGAUAUAAUCCAGUUCUUAAAAAUAAAUCAUUUCAUUCACAUAACACAAUGCCAUUUGAUAUAAAUAUGUUAGAAACUAUAGAUGGUAAGUUGAUGGAGUAUUUUGAUAUUUUCACGUAAUUUUUGUGUUUGAUCUGAUUAUAUUUUUCAAUUAUUCGUACUUCUAAAAAUGGUUAAACAAUUUAAAUGUUAGGUCGAUAGGAUAUUUUAGUGUUAUAUGGAAUUAGUUACAUAAAAUCCAUUUAUUAUAUUAGAAGAAUAGAUACUGUAAAAUUAUCUAU